GCUGUGGGGGGGAGCGGAGUCGGUCGGGCCAUGUCGGCGGCGGAGGGCGGCUGGGACGGGAACCGGCGGCGGGGGGGCGCUGGAGGCAGCGGCUCGGGCGGAGGGUGCAGCGGGGACGGGCCCGGGGCGGCGCCGGCCGGGGGGCUCCUCAACCGCUUCGUCCAGCUGCCGGGCAGGCCCCACCUGGCAGGCUCUAAGAAGAAAAUACGAUUGGUCCUAAUUAGACGCUUCCCUCGGUCUCGUCCCAUCCUAAAGGUCCGUAAGAGGUCUUUCAGAGCAGGUCACCGAGCCCCACCAGCAAGGAGCGGCCAUCGUUGUGUAGCAGAUAACGCCAACCUGUACGUGUUCGGAGGGUAUAACCCGGACUACGAUGAGUCUGGCGGGCCAGAGAAUGAAGACUACCCUCUCUUCAGGGAACUUUGGCGAUAUAACUUUGCUACAGGCGCAUGGCAUCAAAUGGGCACCGAGGGCUACAUGCCUAGAGAACUAGCAUCCAUGUCACUUGUGUUGCAUGGGAACAACCUGUUGGUAUUUGGCGGCACCGGGAUCCCAUUUGGGGAGAGCAAUGGCAAUGACAUCCACGUCUGCAAUGUGAAGUACAAGCGAUGGGCCCUGCUCAGCUGCCGAGGGAAGAAACCCAAUCGAAUAUAUGGACAGGCUAUGGCUAUCAUUAAUGGAUCCCUAUAUGUUUUUGGAGGAACAACUGGUUACAUUUAUAGCACAGAUCUACAUAAAUUAGACCUUAACACUAGGGAAUGGAUACAACUGAAACCAAACAACAUGCACUGUGACAUGCCAGAGGAGAGGUACAGACAUGAAAUUGCACAUGAUGGUCAGAGGAUUUAUAUCUUGGGAGGUGGAACUUCCUGGACUGCUUAUUCCUUGGAUAAGAUCCAUGCAUACAACCUUGAAACAAACACCUGGGAGGAAAUUGCAACGAGACCUCAUGAGAAAAUAGGUUUCCCAGCAGCCAGAAGAUGCCACAGUUGUGUACAAAUAAAAAAUGAUGUGUUUGUCUGUGGGGGAUAUAACGGAGAAGUGAUAUUGGGAGACGUCUGGAAGCUGAAUCUUCAAACUUUCCAGUGGGUGAAACUCCCAGCUGUCAUGCCUGAACCAGUUUAUUUUCACUGUGCUGCUGUCACACCGGCUGGCUGCAUGUACGUCCACGGAGGGGUGGUCAACAUCCACGAAAACAAACGGACUGGCUCCUUGUUUAAGAUGUGGCUAGUAGUCCCCAGCCUCCUGGAACUGUCAUGGGAGAAGCUGUUGGGAUUCUUCCCUCAUCUAGCAACUCUUUCCAGAUCGCAGCUUUUGCACCUUGGCCUCACACAGGGACUCAUUGAGCGAUUGAAAUGAGAGCUCUUCGCUGUUCUCACUCUGCCCUAGAAACACUAAAGAGACCACCCCCCCCCCCCCCCGCCCUUUAUGGAUGCCGCUGCUAAGGAGACGGGAGGACCCUGCUUUCAGCGCCUUACUCAGCAAAUACAUCGGAUGCCUUUCUGUGAAUGUUCAUUUGGCGUUUAUGGAAAUUAGCUUUUUAUUUAUGGAUCUCUCUAAAUACAUCGGGAACGAAGAUGCUGUUCAGAACUCGUUCAGAACGUCCAGCCACCAACCUGCUGUUAGCACAUGCCUGUAGCCUAAUAAAUGCAGGGAAGGGGCUUAGAAAUUGUCACCGCUCCUGCUUACACAUGGUGUUUAACUUAUUGUUUCUAAAGAUGCAUUUAACUGAGUAGGAGCCGCUGAUGGCAGCAAUUCGACCACAUGCUGAACGAACAGUCCAAUUCCCCUUUGCUCACAGCAGCAUCCGUCCUCUGAAUGCCCAAACUGGCUCUGCCGCUGUAUAGCAUUCACUGCCUGAAGACUUGCAUGUGUGUUGUGGGCAUGUGAUCAUCGUCUGUGAGUUCUGGGAGAUGGCUGGCACGUGGGAGCAGCAAACAAAGACGGCCUGCACAGUUUAAAAUUUCGGCGCAGGGUGUAGUGGUUUGAAGCAACAGUGUAAUUGUUCCUCACCUUUUCAUAUUGAAACGUCUGCCUGGAAGGGUGGUUAAAAAUCGCCGCUUACGGACUACUGUGUAGUUUUCUCUAAACAGGUGGUGGGAAGGGGCAGUGUGUUCUGCUGAAUCUUCCCAUGUUGCACUCUGAAAAAGCUAACCGAGGAAACUUACCACAUCGAUUUUAAAGCUGUCUUUAUCCUUAAGUAUGUCAUGCCCUCUGUAUUCAGGGGCUAGUCCAUCUGUGCCAACUCAACAUUAGUUACCUAAGCAUAACUUGGUAGCCUGUUUGGUUUUUUUCUCUCCGGCAUUGGAAUUUUCUCUGAGCUGCCUGUCCAAUGCUUUGUUUUAUUCCUUUUGUGUGGGGUCUUUUUUUUUUUUAAACUUCUGUUGUUUUAGAAACGUGGGGAGAGGAAUAGCUUGUCUCUGGCAUUGCUGUGAAUGCGGUUCGCCUUUCUACAAAAGCGGGAAAGGAAGACAGGUCGAUUUCCUGGGCGGCUUUCUCUUCGUGCUCCGUGUGACUGUGAACCCAGCUCUAGAGCAUGUACAUAGCUGGCCAUCAAACGUGGAGCAGCUGAACGAGGCUGAGGCAUUGGGUUUGAACAAAACAAGUGUAUUUCUAAGACCAUUUUUGUUAAGUGCCUUUUUUUAGUAGUUUUUCCAAAUGACUCUUCCCCCCUCCAAUGUCUAAAGCCAAUUGUAGAGGUUCUGCUUUUCUUUUAAGAGGCUGCGGUAGUUAAAUAAAUCCCAAGAGCAAACCCCGCAGGAUGGAUCUGAAGGCUGAUGAGUCUCUGUAGCUACUGUUGCACUCCCAGCUCCACUGCUCAGUAACUACCUAAUAUCUGUUGCAUUGCAAAGUCCCUAAGUUUCCUUUGCUGAUUCCCUUGCCCCGUCAUUUUGGGUCAGGAUUUUACCAUAAUUUAGCUUCUUCCUUUCAUGGGCUCAGCAAAAUAAGGGACGUGGUAGCUUUUCAAAUGUAAACGUCUUUCAGUGCCUUGUAAUUCAAACCCUGUUUGUUUGCUCUGUGCUUUUAAUGCUGUUAACCAUGCUGUAUGUCCGCCCCCUUUAGUGCAGUUUAUCAGGAUUCUAUCAGCUGCAAGGAGAAGCUAGAUGUCUUCUGAGCCUGCAGGAUGGCUGAUAAUAUCCAUGCAGAGACCUGCUUAAGACCCCCUAUGUGGUUUCUCCUUAUGCCCAGGUUGGAUGCUGCUAGCGUCACUUGAUGGCCAGCAUGUUGGCCUCACGGUCUCCUAGAUUUGUUCUAGUCUCAUCAGUCUUCAGAGGAGGAUCCCCAUGGGCAGAAUGUGUUCGUCCAGGGCAUGCAACGGCGUUUCACUUCACUUUCUGUCCUCUCUGCGGGUACCAGUCUGAGCGACAGCAGCUGACGCUUCCACCCACUGGCAUUGCUGCACGCUGCUGUCUGAACUGAGAGCUCCUGAUGGAGCUGGAUGUCAGGGACCAAUAGCCAGAUAAUCUCAUCGGUAUCUAGCCGUACAGGUUCUGUGUGCAGGUGGCUGUUUUGUAGUAAUGUUGCCUAAGAUGUCGAGCUAGUGAGCCCUCAGUUCCUGAGCUCGCAGUCCCUUUUCAGUGACCAAGGCUGCCGUGUGUGAGAGAGCUCACAAAGACGUUUGAGGCUCUUCUCCUAGCCCCACUCCAGAAAGCUCUCUGGAGGCCUGACCCAAUGCUUCCGUUCAGCUUCCAUCCACUUGAGACUUUCCCUUUGGCCUUAUUCUGGUGGCUCUCGUCUUCUCUUGCAAAGAUCUCACGUCUACACCAAGCCUUAGGGUCUCCCGUUUGACCAAGAGCAUCGUGUUCGAGUGGCUACGUAGCACAAGUGCUGGCUCCUUCUUCCCCAGUGCUUCUUCGCCUGAGCGCUCUUCCACUCCUCCAGCAAUUCCAGAGGCAGCGUGAAGAGGGAUGUAGUGGAUCUAUAUACACGCACACUCCUGCUCUAGUUGCUCUUGUCAGCUGCUUUACGUUGGCCUUCCUAAGAAUGUUUGUGAUGUGCCUUGCCGAUGCCGUUACUGACUUAAAGCGCCACUGGAAGCAACACAAAUCUACCCCUGCCUCUUGCAGUCGUUGUAAUCGACUUUCACUACUGCAAGCUUCUUUUACCGCAGAUCUCGAAGCGCAAUACGGUCAAUGCGACCAGAUGGCGUGUGGUAUGUAGCGUUUUGGUGAAGCUAAGACGUAGGUCCCUACUGCACUUUGAAACUUGGGGUCAUGUUCACUUACCUCUUCUACACUAGCUCCCGGGGCUACAGCUGAGGACCCUCCUCUCCCAGUGACUUCCGUGGGAGUUGGCUCAUGCUAAGAACAUCAGGGAUUGAGCCCAUAUCCUCCUCUCCAUCGCAGACUGAUAGUCUGAUCUGUUAAUGCUUUGAUGGUCUCCCUGCAUCUCCUUCCGCUUCCUCAAAAUAAAAUGAAGCAACAGUGAUUCUCCACUUGAGAACAGUAGUCUCAUCUGAGUUGCUGAAAUCGGAGAACUGUAUCCUUUAUUAGCACUGUACUUUCCAGUGAGCUCUGAAAUGUGACUGGAAACCCACCCUGCAAUACUGGGUAUUUCCAACCAUAAAACUAGUGCUUGUAUGUGAAGGGACAGGGUUAAGACGAGUCCUUUAAUCUGCUGAAUAAGAGGACUUGAAAUACUGCAAAACUAGCCGCAUACUGCCGAGAAACAUUUUUCCCGCAUAGUAAAAUAAUUGUGGUUGAAACACUUUUAUAUCAAACGGUUUCAGCUCCAUUUUCCUCUCCCUCCUAUUGCUGCUAACUUCCUUUGCUUGGUCCUGCUGCUUGUCAGGAGAAAACCUCCUUUCCUGUAACUGUCAACAGAACAGGCUCUCUUCCCAAAUUCCAAGCCUCGUUUGCCGCCUUGAUGGGUGAGCUGUUUGGAGCAGUUUUGUGUAGUGGCUUAAGCGUUUAAAAGCGAACAGCAAAGCUUUACCAACCAACCGAGUCUGUAAAGCGGGCCUGCGCAGGCUUAAAUAGAGACCUUGUGUUUUAUAAUCACAGGUCAGUAAUUCUUGCCUGGCAUUUCCACUGUCCAGGGUUCGGUUCCCCUGUGGUAAUUGACAGCUUCACUGUGCUGCCUGAAACAGGUGACCCUGUUCUGGGACAAACACAGACUCUUGAACUCUCGCCACCUCCCGAUGACUGUUUUGCUUUUUCGACUGUGCCUCUUUAAAGACUCGCCGUUCCCCUGUGAGCUCCUGCUUGUUUUCAGCUUUUCUGGUUUAUCUGGAGGAUUGGAGUAAUAAAAGCCAUCAUUGUCUCUAAGCAAUAUGAACUUUGUCACAUUAGAAAACGGCCUGGUACCAAACGCUGUGAACAGCUGGAGCAGGGCCUGUUUUGGGGGGAGUUCUACGGAGCCUGAUAAAGAGUUAGUGGCAUUGUACACGGGGAGGAUACGUUCCUGCCACAUCUCCGUGAAGAACAGAUUCCAAGCACUGCUCUUGCUCUUCCUUCCCAGGGAGGUGGGACAGUUUCCCAGUUUGCUUUGUUUCAGGAGAUAAGUAUUGCUGCUAGGCCAGCGGAGGCAGAUAGACUGGCUAAUUCAGUCUCCGGUAAACGCCAGUUGGUUGGUGCUGUUUCUACAUGUUAGGAGCGAAUAACCCCCAACUCCUGGGCUUUGCCAUUGCUUAAAGAACCAGGGUUGUAAGCGUUGCAGCCUAUUUCUUCCCCCACCCCCCUCAAGUGAUGCAGAGUUCCCCCAGCUAACGGCUUGAGUGUGGAUUGGGACUCAGCACCUCUGAAGCAAGCCUCUGAUGUGUAAAACAGGUCCAGUGUUGAAGUCCUUACUUGGCUUUUCCUGCGGGAAAAAGCCCUGAGUAAUGACCGCAGGGUUCGGUCUCCUGUGUAACUAAAAUAACCCAAGUCCUAAGCAUAGGUGACCGUAUGCCAAAGACUUUCUCAGAGCCGUGCUGUGACCAUUACAGCUCCUCUGAAUGGAGGUCUCCUGGGGAAAUAACGAGAGAUGCUGUCAUGUCGAUCUCUUUACAUUCCAAGUGUGUUGCUUCAAAUCCUGUAGGUGGUUCCCUUGGAGCCAGGCUGACUAGCAGUUACUGCUCUGCUCCAAGCAGGCUCUGCCUCGACUUGCGUCUCUGGGCAGAAACAGUCGAGUACCAGAGCCCUGGAGAGCGCUGGGCCAACGUGCAUUCAGCUCUGAGGGGAUUGCUACACAACCCAACGCUCUUCUUUCCUGCACUGAUAUUCCAAGCCUAGAACAAGGCAGGACGCAGGAGCUGUUCUCCUCCCCCCAUGUUUACAACGCGUGCUGGCCAUAGGUCUCUUGCUGUAAAAUGUCUUGAGUUCUCAUCACACAACACGAACUCAAUUGCAUGCUCCCUCUCUCUGCCUCGAUCCAUUUAUUGCCACUUUAACAUGGGGACUGAGCCUCGUGGGUGAGGGGGGAACUGUUAAUGUGAUUUUUUUUUUAAUCAAAUCUGAUGCUUUUUAAUCCUCCACUGCAUUGUCCCUGUCCCCCCUUUGAUCAAAAGCCAUCGGCAGCCAGUUCUAGACACUAGUAGACCCAAGGGCAAUGUUCUCGUGCUAUUCGGGAUGGAUGCAGCGUCCAGUGUGAAGUUCCCCUCGCCGUAGGGGACGAACAGGGGGAAAGUCUGCUGUGUAAAUGCAGUUUCUUUAUGUGGUGUUGAGGUGUGAACUAGUGCCCUCUUUCCGGGGGGGGAGCGUUUGGCCAGCCUCUGUGUUUGCCUGACAUUGUUGGUGCACCCCAGUCCUGUUCAUGUGUUUAGUGUGGGAGUCUGCUAUGCAUGCAGUAAUUGGUGAUCACCCCUUCUUUCCCCAGUGCCAACAUCCUGUGCUGUGAAGCUGUGCUGGGUUGGCGGGAGGCCGAAGGGCUGACCAAGAGAUGUACUUGCCUGUAUUUAUGGACCUUGUCAGUGUUUUGCUGUUUUUUUUUUUAAAGAUCCAAUAAAAAAAAACCUCUGUCCAAAUCA